ACAAUCUGGUAGAGUGUAUCGUUUUUGUUCGUUAGGAAUGAAAGUGUAAAUGUUUUUCGAGAAGAUGGUACGGAAUACGAAGAAAAAGUUGGCGAUAUUCGCCGGAACGUCAAAGUGUUUAAUAUACGCAGAAGCAAAAUAUUGUGCCUCUGAAAUACCUGGAGAAAUAAAAUACUAUGAGUGUUCUAGAACGGAAUAUUGUUGCGGUGUUGGUUGUUGCGUAUCACCAGGACUGCAUUUUCAUCAUUUAUGGUAUUAUUGGAUACUGGUUAUAAUUAUGUUCCUGGUAUGCUCCGGUGGCGGCUGGUGGUAUCGGUAUUGGUUACAAGGAAGAUACAGAGCGGCUGCAUCGGCCAUUCCGACUAGAGCUUCCAGUUCUCGAUCGCAAAGUUCCCUCCGGGGGCCGACGUGUCAAGGGCAGAGGGCUCGUAUCACUUACAAUUCGGCAAGGAACACCGUUUUGUUGCAUCGUAUGUGGAAAGGUCCUCAAAGAAACGGAGCGUUGCCCGGAUACAAUGGUAACGCGACUACGUCGACGCAUUACCAGAAUAUGAGCGUGGUGUUGAACGACGCGAACUGUCCGUACUACCAGCUGUACGGUCCACCUCCAAGCUACGAAACUGUGAUAGCUCAAACACGCGGUAAGAUAUCGAACCCAACUUCACCGGAAUCGACGAACGCGCGAACCAACGUGCAAUCGCCGAGCGCCGCCGCGGCGAACACGAGCGUUGCUCAAUGCUUCUCUUAUACGUGCAACUCUUCCACGAGAUUGAACAACAGUUUGGAGGAAAACGCGCAAUAUCCGAGUGGCGGGACGAGUUCGCGACAACUGGAAACACGAGAAGGUAUUCCGUUUGCGCAUUUCCCCCAAUACUGCACCGUGACGGAUGGAACGAUCAGGCAGAACGUAUGUGUUCCUUUCGCCUAUCAGGAACAACGGUCGUUCGUUCCUAGGGAUAGCUUCAACCGUAUCUAUCAACAGCAAGCUAGUUCCACCAAUUAUGUUCCGUAUCCGAUGGAGAAAUCGUCGGACACUUCGGACCCGGAGAAUCCGAGUGAAUGUUACCAAGUGUCGAACGCAGAGAGGUAUACGAUGGUAAAUGUUGAUUGUACAGCGGGUAGCAGUAGAGAAGAAGGUGUCAUUCCGAUCUCGAAGGUGCACGAAGUAGAAAGGGAAAUGGAGAGCGGAGAAAAGAAGGGUGAUAAGCAACAUCGACAAGGUAUAACAACAUCGGAAGAAAGAACCGCCGCGAGUUUCCCUUCGGUGGUUAAGACGGAGACGGAGACGGAGACGGAGGAGAAUAGCGUGAACUCGUUGGAAGAUUUCGAUUCGGAAUUGUCGAGGAAGAGUCGUCGGGUGUACGGUGGUUCUUUGAGAGGAACCGGUAAGUACGCCAGCAAGGAGAGGUGCGAGGAAUAUUGCUCGGUCGAACAGUCUUUCUCGAAAAUGUUGCCUCACUCCUGCGACGGACUUAUCAAUACAGAUUCGGCGAUAGCAUCGACCGACAUGUCCCGUAACGCGCAACGGGAAGAUUUCGAGGAUAGGGCUAACGUUAGCGCGAGUUGUUUUCAAUCAAAUCCAUCCAAUAAUGUGAUAUUAGAGUCUUUCGUUUCCGGCGGCGACUCCUCGUCGACCUCGGAGAACGUCAAGAAACUGGAGGAGCAGUGUCGUUCUCAUCGUCUCGUAAAUGCCAGUACAAACUCUGAUUUUGAAAGUAAACAUAGAUUAGACAGAUCGAAAUCGUUGGACUGA